AUGGACGUCGACUCUAACAUGAUCGACCCCGCCCUGUCCGACUCCACGAUGGACCACAUCCCCUCCACCCACGCCAAAGCCCCGGCAAACGACGACGACGACCCAAUCGUGGCGUCAUACAACGUCUUCCUCAAGCCCUCGCUGCCCGCCCACCGCAGGGUCAUGAUCCUAGAGCACCCCAACAAGUCCGACGGCAAGAAGAUGGCCCGCGCCCCGCUCGAGAUCCGCAUGAAGACCAACACGGGCAUGGUCGAGGUUGACUACCCCAUCGACUACAACGCCUUCUACGACAGGUCCAAGGGCCUCAGCUGGGGCACCCACCUGCAGAAGAGCACCGAGGCCAAGAAGGGCGGCACCCACGGCCUCGCGGGCGGCUUCGGCGUCGGCGCGCCCCCGCCGCGCGCCAGGCCGGGGAGGGCGCAGGACGAGGUGUUCGACCCGAGCACCGACUGGGCCGAGGCGCUGAGGAAGGACUACGUCCUGCGAACGCAGACCCUGGGCGGGCAGAUGCCCGACACAAGCCAGGAGUCCAAGUACAUGGUUGGGGUAUUUUCUGGACCUCCACCACAUCGACGCCACUACCGAGCAGGAGCGCCUGGCCGCCACCGCGGCGGCGGCGGCGCGGGCGCGGCGGCGACCAAGGACGUCGCGCGCGCGAUCCACAUGACGGUCAAGCAGAACACGGACGGCAGCGAGGAGAUCGUCCAGGAGACGAUGGCGGACCGGCUCAAGAAGGUGCAGCUCGAGGCCUGGAAGAAGAUGCGCUACGUGCACGAGGAGGCCAGCGACUCGUGGGCCGUCGCCGAGGAGGCCCUGUACCUGCACCAGCCCGAGCCCGCCGCGGCGGAGCAGGACGCCGGCAAGGGCAAGGCGCCCGAGGCCGAGGCGGCCGACCCCCUGAGCCAGCCCGGCCUGCCGGACCUGGUCGACAAGCGGAUCGCGCGGCCCCAGAAGAACGUAAAGAUCGAGAUCUCCGACGACGAACCUGCUGCACCCGCGUCGAAGGCGAAGGGCAAGGGGAAAGCGGUUGCCACGACCACGACCACCACCACCACCACCACAAAGGCCACAUCCAGGGGUAAGAGAGCAACCAACACCGCGAAAGCAGGAUCUUCGAAAGCCAAGAAGAAUGAUUCAUGA